UUGGAAUACUUACUCCUAAGUGUAGCAAUACUCUACAGGAAAUCUGAAGAAAAAGCAUCCAUUAGGUGGUAAAAUCCUCUUCUACACUCUGCAACAUGAAAGGAAUGAAUUUAUCAGUGUUACAUGGUUUUACUAAAUCCCUUGCUAUGACAGUGCUUUCUGAAGUUGGUGAUAGGACAUUCUGUGUUGCAGCUAUCUUGGCGAUGCGCUAUCCAAGGAGGAGUGUAUUUCUAGGAUGCCUAUUCUCUGUUAUAGUGAUGACUAUAAUCUCUGCGCUAAUCGGUUGGGUUGCUCCGAAUCUGAUUUCUCAGAAAUGGGCUCAUCACAUAACGGCCUUUCUCUUCUUUGUCUUUGGAAUCCAGUCUCUCUGGGGAGGACUUACCGAAGACGAUGAUGACAAUGAAGAAUUGGCUGAAGUAGAAAAGGAAUUGGAAGAUGAGGAUCUGAAGAAGCAACAUAGGCCGGUUUUCACACGUUUUUUCACACCUGUCUUUUUGAAGGUUGCCUUUUCCCUAACAUUUUUCGGCGAGUGGGGUGACAAGAGCCAGUUAGCCACAAUUGGUUUGGCAGCAGAUGAGAACACUUUGGGAGUUGUUCUUGGAGGAAUAAUUGGACAAGCACUUUGUGUAGUUGCAGCUGUUCUAGGAGGAAAGACCUUAGCAUCAAGGAUUUCUGAGAGACUGGUUACAAUUUUAGGUGGAGCUCUCUUUCUGUUUUUGGUGUCAAUAGUUAUCGUUCUUCUACUACCUGAUGCUCUAUUCCCUACCUUGCUCAUUUUGAGUGCCGAAAAAACUACCUGUGCGUUGAGAUUACUCAUAGUCAAAAGGGAAAUAGGUUACCAUUCAUUUCUGUGCUGCACAAAAUUACCGGCCUUUUCUGAAUCUUGUGUGCUCUGGUCAAGUGACUGCUUGUCUUGAUGCUUUUCAAUCUCUAGCAAGAAAUUUCAAAUAUACAUGCAUGCCUGAUCCUGAGUGUGGCUUUCUGCCUUAAUCAGAUCAGAAGUGAAAAAAUAAAAAGAUCUUUACGAUUCUUAAGAAAAUGAAGUUAGCUUUUUCAGGGGCAAUACUGUACUUACAACCUCAUCUUGCAAACUUUUUCUCACAAUUCCCGACGUGACAGCUCGCAAAUAGGUCUCGCCUGUCCAAUUACGAGAUCACCAAUUGCAAGCUGUCAUGUAUAGGAAAUAAAAAACAGGCAAACAAUGCAAGUUGUGUACACAGAUGAAAACAUUCAUCUUUAUAAGAAA